AUGAACCGUAAAAAGCUCCUCUCAACCUUUUUCUUCACAUCCGUCCUCGCGAAAGAGCCUCAAGGUCAAGAUGACUGCCCCAACUCCGCCUGGCAAUUCGUUGCCAGCGCUUCCGGAAACUACUGCAAGCCGAUCGGAGUCUCUGUAACUUGCGACAACCGGCUUAUGCAAGUCGAGUUCACUCACCAGCACAUCUACAAGAAUCUCGACCCCGUUCAUCUCGACAGUGAAGGAUCUGCCGCCAUCGCUGGUUUCGACGAAUCCUGUUCUACGAUCUCAAAAAGCGGUGGAGUCUACACGGCUUCGAUCAAGCUUGACAAGUGCAACACUCAAGUCACUCAAGACGGCGGCAAAAUCGUCUUCGAGAACUCCUUCAGCGGCAACACCGCCGCCCUCACUGUCCAAGGCAUCAUCAUGACCAAAGUCCUUUCCUUCCCCGUCAGCUGCACCUACGACGACUCAGUCACGCUCGAACUCAACCCUCUUCACUUGCAAGGCAGCGAAAUCGACAUCACUGGCAUCUCGAACAACGGCACCUUCGGCGACUACUUCGACAUGGUCGCCUACCACGAUCAAGAGUACAACACAGAAAUCACGAGCGAUAAUGCUAUCGUUAUUGGUGAGACCGUAUUUGUUCGAAUCUUCGAACUGGAGAAUAUCCCGACAAAUGUUGAUUACUACCUCACCGACUGCACAGCGUAUAAAAAAUUCGGAAAGCCUAAUGCAGGCAAGUUCGAAAUCGUCGACCAAAUGUGCUACAACGAGCUGGUUUCUGCCACCAACGACCAGCCCAUCCGUGGUGGUCAAAGACAGGGCGAAACUGGCAUUACUUUUGACUUCACCGCUUUUGCUUUUGAAGGACAACCCGAUCAGCUUUCAAUGCAAUGCUCGUUGAAACUUUGCGCUCUUGCUGUUGAUGGAAGUACUGUCUUGUCCGACUGCGCUGUUCAAGCCGAUCCCUGCCCGGCUGGUUUCUCCGAUCAACUCGAACUCAGCAGAUCGUUAGACUACCCUGAGCCUUUCCCAAUUGAAUAA